CCCAUCAUCCCUGAAGCCUCUCCCUUCAUCCCGCCUCUCUUUUCCCCUUUUGGGUAUUUCCAUCCUUUAGGCUCCACUUCCACCCCUUCCUCAAGCUCCCCAGCUCAACCCCCUCAACCCCCCCACCUUGAACCGCCCUGGGUCUCUCUGUGCUUCUCCAUCCUCCUCCUCCUCCCUUUCCCUCACUUCCUCCCCUGCCCCUUGGUCCCCUUUCCUCUGUGCCACCAUGACCGUGAUGGCUGGAGAGAACAUGGAUGAGACUUCUGCGCUACCUGGCCACCCCCAGGAUAGCUACCAGCCCGCUGCCCACGACGACCACGAGUGCUGUGAGCGCGUGGUGAUAAACAUUGCGGGACUGCGCUUCGAGACACAGCUGAAGACUUUAGCCCAGUUCCCCAACACACUGCUGGGCAACCCCAAGAAGCGCAUGCGCUACUUUGACCCCUUGCGCAAUGAGUACUUCUUUGACCGCAACCGGCCCAGCUUUGACGCCAUCCUCUACUACUACCAGUCCGGGGGGCGGCUCCGCCGGCCCGUCAAUGUUCCCCUGGACAUGUUCUCUGAGGAGAUAAAAUUUUAUGAGCUGGGUGAGGAGGCCAUGGAGAAGUUCCGAGAAGAUGAAGGAUUCAUUAAAGAUGAGGAGAGGCCCUUGCCGGAGGGGGAGUACCAGCGCCAAGUGUGGCUCCUCUUUGAGUACCCAGAGAGCUCUGGGCCGGCAAGGGUUAUUGCCAUAGUUUCUGUCAUGGUCAUCCUCAUCUCCAUCGUGAUCUUCUGCCUAGAGACAUUACCUGAGCUGAAGGAGGACAAGGAGUACACAGUGCACCGCACUGACAACACCACCCAGGUCUACAAAUCCAACAUCUUCACAGAUCCCUUCUUUGUUGUGGAGACCCUGUGCAUCAUCUGGUUCUCCUUUGAGCUGGUGGUGCGCUUCUUUGCUUGCCCUAGCAAGACUGAUUUUUUCAAGAACAUAAUGAACUUCAUUGACAUUGUGGCCAUCAUCCCUUACUUCAUCACCCUGGGCACUGAGAUGGCCGAGCGGGAGGGGACUCAGAAAGGAGAGCAGGCCACCUCCUUGGCCAUCCUGAGAGUCAUCAGACUGGUAAGAGUCUUUCGAAUCUUCAAACUCUCCCGGCACUCUAAGGGCCUCCAGAUUCUGGGACAGACCCUCAAAGCAAGUAUGAGAGAGCUAGGUUUACUAAUCUUCUUCCUCUUCAUUGGGGUGAUUUUGUUCUCUAGUGCGGUAUAUUUUGCUGAGGCUGAAGAACCUGAGUCUCAUUUCACAAGUAUCCCUGAUGCUUUCUGGUGGGCGGUGGUAUCCAUGACCACUGUGGGCUAUGGUGACAUGUACCCUGUGACAAUUGGAGGCAAAAUCGUAGGCUCCUUGUGUGCCAUCGCUGGUGUGCUGACAAUUGCCCUGCCUGUACCUGUCAUCGUGUCCAACUUCAACUACUUCUACCACCGAGAAACAGAAGGGGAAGAACAGGCUCAGUUACUUCACGUUAGCUCCCCUAAUUUAGCAUCUGACAGUGAUCUCAGUCGCCGCAGCUCCUCCACAAUCAGCAAAUCUGAGUACAUGGAAAUCGAAGAGGAUAUGAAUAAUAGCAUAGACAAUUUUAGAGAGGCUAAUCUCAGAACUGGCAACUGCACUGUAGCCAACCAAAACUGUGUUAAUAAAAGCAAGCUGCUGACUGAUGUUUAAACAAACAAACAAAAAAACCCAAAACAAAAUCCCCACUCACAGCUUGAAGACUUUAGUGACACAGUCACACUUUGUAGAUGCUUUACUGAUAGUCUUUGAAUGCUUUAUUUACCUCGUAAAUGCAUUGUUGCAUUGCAAAUCUUUGCUCUGCGAUAAAGAAGCUUCCAGGAUCCAUGAAAGAUAAAAUUUUGUUUAUUUUCAAAAA